AUGAACGGCUCCGAUCUGGCCGGAUCUCGUGUCCCGAGCGAUGACGAGAAUGCCGAGGUGGACAGUCUUUCGAUUCAGGACAUCGCCUCAUCGGAGCGUCUUGUCGUUCUCGAAAAAAGCGAUCAACUGAUCGAACUGCAGACGAUUCUCAAGGAUCGAAGCACUGAUCACUCGCAUUUCGUCUUUUGCGCGGACCGUUUGAUGCGACUUGUCAUUGAAGAAGGAUUGAAUCUUUUGCCGUACACAGAGAAAACAGUGAUGACACCAAAGCAUUGUCCGUAUCAUGGCAUUCAAUUCGCUCGCGGCAAUUGCGGUGUCGCUUUGUGUCGAAGUGGUGAAGCGAUGGAGAUCGCGUUGAGACAAUGUUGCAGAUCGAUUCGCAUCUGCAAAAUGCUACUUGGCGAUGAGCAACGCGUUUUGUACGCCCGUCUCACGAGUGACAUCGCGACAAGGAGAUGUCUUCUGCUUUAUCCAAUUCUCACAACUGGAUUGACAGCCUUGAAAGCGGUGGCCACAUUGAUUGCCGAUAGUGAUGUGCUUGAGGAGAAUAUUUAUCUCAUCAGUCUCUUUGCCUCACCGAAAAGCAUUCGCACUCUGCGUGAUCGUUACCCCGAUAUGUGCAUCAUCACCUCGGAGAUCACAAACGAAAUCAUCCACAAUUUUGCGACCAAAUAUUUUGGCACUGAU